AGCACCAUUUUGAUAUCCAUAGCAUCAGUAUCUGUAUUUGUUCAGUUGGGGUCUCUGUGUUUUAUUCCAUUUUAUUUGAUCUUUUUAACAUCUUGAUUGAAGAAGAAAUAAUGUUGGCGAUAUUCAAGAAAGGGUUGGUGAAUCCACCUCAAGAGCUGAAUAGCCCAGCUUCAUUGGCUUCAUCAAGAAAGCCAAAGCUUCCUCAGGAGAUUUUCAAGGAUUUUGAAUCUUCUAAUGCUCCCUCUGAUGUUUUAUCGAUUAGCUUUGGGGAUGUUGCUUCACUUGCUUAUAUUCCUCCACAAAAUACUUACUCCAUUCACCAGAGGUUGUUCAGUGGAUUGAAUGACAUAUACUGCAUUUUCUUGGGGAGUUUAAACAAUCUAUGCAGCCUCAUUAGACAGUAUGGGCUGUCAAAAGGCACCAACGAAGCCAUGUUUGUAAUUGAAGCUUACAGGACCCUACGUGACCGUGGCCCAUACCCAGCCCACCAGGUCCUCAAGGAUCUCGAGGGCACUUUCGGAUUCGUGGUUUAUGAUUCCAAGGCAAGACAUGUCUUUGCCGCCCUGGGAGCAAAUGAAGGUGUGGGGCUAUUCUGGGGGAUUGGAGGUGAUGCAUCGGUGGUGAUAUCCGACAACUUGGAAGUUAUUAAAGGAAGUUGUGCAAAGUCAUUUGCACCUUUUCCAUCAGGGUGCAUGUUUCACAGCGAACAAGGGUUGAUGAGCUUUGAACAUCCAACGAGCAAAAUGAAGGCUAUGCCCAGAAUUGAUAGUGAGGGGGCAAUGUGUGGAGCCAACUUCAAGGUUGAUAAAGAAUCCAGGAUAAGUAACAUGACUCGUGUUGGCAGUGAAGCCAAUUGGGCUUUAAGUGGUCCGAAAGCCUAAGAUCAUCCCAGUGUACAAUAAAAAUCCAACUAUUAUUCUGUGUAUUCUCUCCUUUUCAAGCGCCUUGUUAUAUUUUCCUUCUUAGGCUUUGAUAAUUCGUCUUUUUCUUAGUGUUUCAUUCAAUAAACAAGAGAAUCUUCUCCCUCCCUUA